UGGCGGAUCGUCGGCAUCAUCGCACUGAUUCCUGUCCUUCUACAAGCAUCCCUGGCUCUAUUCCUCGCCGGACUCGUCAUUCUCCUAUGGACUAUCCACCCAGCCGUCGCCACUGUCAUAUCCGUCCUUGCCGGCCUGCUCCUCUUGUUCAUAAUCUUUAGCACCGUCAUACCUACAUUUCGAGCAGACUGCCCGUACCAGUCACCCCAGGCGCUCAGCAUCUACAUUGCCUCUCAAUUCGUCGCU